AGUCUGCUUGCCUUGCAUUGUAAUUUGUGCGGCUCUGGAGUCUGGAUACGACGGAACCUACUCUAGUACCACCUCGUAGAUUAGUUCCAUGAUCUUCCAUCAUUUAAGGAUUCAUCAUUCAAGGUGACCUCAGAUCUGACGCAAAGGCCAGUAAUGACUGUAAUCCCGAAAAUGAGUCUUGACUCUCAGCAGCUAGUCACGGCCGGGGCGAUGCAAGGCUCAUGUAGGUGUCCAGACUCCAGAACCCUUCCAUUAAUUCAAAAUUGGAUACCUACUAGUACGAAACUUGAACCUGUGAGAGCUCUAGGACCUAGGAGUUUGAAGCGGCGCUUAACAGUUCAUUUGGGAUCUUGACCUUUCGUGCAGAUUUCUUUCCAGGCACUGCGCGCAGCAGCUUCUCCAAGCUGCCCUUCGCUUCUAGGAUUCGAGUAAUUAUAAUCUGGCAACAAGAAUGGCGGUGGCCAGGGUCUUCAACUCGGUGAUCCGGCCGGGUGCCAUGGUGGUGCUCCUCACAACCUUUGCGGUACUUGCUGAAGGUCAGACCUGCCCUGGUACUACCCCAAACCCGUGUUACAAUGCCAAUGGCACCACUUUUGUUUGCUGCUCGGCUGGUUGUGGGCCCAGCGCAGCAGUGGCAACCUGCGCGUCCGCUGAGCCAGUGCCAGACUUGUCAGUCUACGUCCUCCUUGAUCUCUCAAAACCUUACGCAAACUGUGAGAAUCAGCAGGCUGCGCCGGGGGCAGGUGUUGAUUUUGGGGACGUUUGCCUCCUGAAUGUGCCCCUGAUGGACGCAGAGAAGAAGGAAGUGGUUGGGAGCGCCGUCAUUCAGCUCACCGUUUGGCAACCCUACGAUCCAGUCACCGGCAACUAUUAUGAGAUUGGCCCCGCCACCUACUUUUUUGGGCCUUCAGACGACGGCAACACAGAUUCCAUCCAUAUCUACGGAAUUCUUUUGAACUCGUACUCGGAGUUGACAAUUCUGGGUGGCACCGGGAAGUAUCGUGGAGCCAGAGGGUAUGCCAUAUCUGAUGCUGGCGACUGUAAUGCGGACGGGAGUAUUUGCUACUACCCCAAGAAUAUAUACCUUACGUAAAAGGAGGGCCGCAUGGUCAAUCACGGCUUUGAGUUCGAUUGUGCAUCGCUUCUCCUUGGUCACAUGAAGCCUUUGUGUUUUUGUGUUUUGAGAAAGCGAAGUGGCCAGAUCUGCUAGCUUGAGUCUUUCAACGGGUAAUUCUCAAGUGGUUCGGACAUUUUCCUCAGAUUCAGUCUAGGCAACACCAGAGGGGUGCAAGUCCGUCAAGAGAUACAAUUCUCGUACUGAAUCUCAACGGUGGGGUUCUCGUACUCUACAAUCUCACAAGAAAGUUUAUUGUUUGCAAUCGACUUGAACGUCAGUACCAUCGUUGCUUUCAGUGCCGAUGGAGCUUCGACUCCGCAAGUCGUUUUAAAUGCAAUUGCACCAAGUGUCUAAAUAGAUUUUUCACCAUAGAGGCUCGAUAUCAUGAGAGAACUUUAGAUACCAAAUCUCUCACUCUCUCUCCCAUCAGUAAGUACCUACAUAUGCUUAUGAUACUCCAAAACUUGCAAUUCAAUAUGGAAUGUAGAAACAUGCACCAAAUAGGUCUAGAUGGCUAGCUAGAUCUGCGGCUCUGCGAGACUCUGAUGCCCGCGGGAUCCGCUGAAAGUCUCUUUUUAUAGGGUUGUUACGCUCUACUCAACCAAUUCAAUUAAACCAAUGCUUUGCUCUUCUACAAAUCACUGCCCGCACCGUCCAGUCGGACAGUCCGCCUUCAGGCGCGCUGCCAUGCGUCAGCACCUGCCGUAGCUUACAUUAGCCUAGCAAGGCCCAUGAGACUCGCCGAGAAGAAGUGAAACCAAUCAUUCUGGACUGGGACAUCGUCACUAGGACACUGUCACUGUCACUAGGACAAUGCAAGGCUAAAGACGAUCAUAGACCCGUUGGCUAGAUUGCUACCUGAAGCAUGAAUCAUGAACCAUGUAACGCC